CACUGUGUUGUCCCUUAGUACGGCACUGAAUAAUUUCUUUUGUCAGCCGCGAGCACUCGUGUUUCAUCCUCCUUAUUUAGAGUGAAUCAUGAUUUAGAAAAAAAUGCAGUUGUAAUGCAAUGCAAGCUGUUGUGUUAAACAAGUGAACUGUAUCUAAUAGAAUUUGUUUGUGAUUAUAAGCUACUUAUAAGAAUAAAUUAUAUCCGGGUGGAAGAUUUGAUAUCAGACCAACAUAUUUUUAAAAAUAUCGAUAUAAUUUGAAUGUUGAUUCGGUAUAUUUUAUAUUUGUGUCCUUAAUACUGAACAUCAUGUGUGCUGAAGCAUCUCCAUGGCAGCAGAGGUACAAUAAAUGGAAACAACGCAUGGGUCCGCAACUACGGUCGGGGCACUUGGCCGACUGUACAUUCGAGGUUGGUACGGAACCAAAUAUUUUUAAGUUUUCUGGACACAAGCUGGUCUUAGCUUCGGUGUCUCCCGUAUUUGAAUCUAUGUUCUACGGAUCUAUAGCAGAGAAAAGUAACUACAUACGAAUACCAGACAUCCAGCCAGAGGCUUUCAAAACUUUGUUAGAAUAUAUUUAUACUGAUGACGUGAUCAUAAAUACAUUUGAUAUGGCAUGCGAGCUCUACUUUGCGGCUAAAAAGUACAUGUUGCCUCAACUUGUAAAGAUUUGCUCAGAGUAUUUAAUAUCUCAAGUGGAUAAACUAAACGCGUGUAAAACUUACGAGUUCGCUAUAAUCUUCGAUGACAAUAUACUGAUGGAGAAAUGUAUACAGAUUUUCAAAAAUAAUACGAAAGAAAUAUUGAACAGCAACAAUUUCGAAGAAGUUGAAUUAAACACAUUAAUUGUUAUAUUCUCAUUGGACAACCUGAAAAUAGAUAGCGAAAUGGACCUGUUUAAAGCCAUCAAAAGAUACGUUGAUUCACAAGAAGAGCAUAACGCAAGCCUUACUAUCAAUAAACACGAACCAACAGCUGUAAAGACAAGCGACAGUUCGCCUGAUUUUAGUAAAGACGUAAAGGGAUUAAAUGAUGACGUCCUUAAAGAGGAUAGACCUGAAAAUGCCUUGGAGAAAAAAAAUAUUGUUGAUCAAAAACAAACCACUAUUGAAAGUACAAGCAUUGGUGACGUCCGUGAAAAUAAUGAAGACACGAGGGAGAUCACGAUUCGGAAUGCUGUUGAGAAAAUACGUUUCCUUAUGAUGACACCGAAGGAGUUCGUGGACGGCCCUGCAAAUUCCACGCUGCUUACGAAGACUGAAGCGUAUGCAGUGCUGAUGAACAUUAUUUCUACCGAGUCCGCUGUACCAAUGCCACGUGGAUUGUCCACCUCCCGAGAAAAGAGAUUCGGCUCGCCUUUCCAAAGCUUUAGCUUCCAAGAUCAACAAACAAAAGGCAACUUUUUUGCAUUUAAAUCAUAACCCGUCAGUGAUUUGGUUCGUAGUUCGGUAUUGAAUCAAACGGAUCGCGUUCAAACCUCGCCGCAAGUGGGUCUAAGAAUCACUAUUUAUUUACAUACUAAUACUUAUAACAAUAAUUGUUUUGUAUUGAUUUAAAACACAGUAUAGCUGAUUUUUAUUAUCAUUUCAAUUUGUGUCUGUGUGUGUUCUGCCUUUCAAAUAAUACUAUUUAUACAAAGUCCGUGUUCAUAAAUUAUGCUGUAAUCGUAA